AGAACGGUUUGUUUAGAAGUACCUCUCCUAAGAAACGUCUAGGUGAAUAUAGAAGGAAAAAGUGGGUUUGCAUGGUAAUUUAACGUGCGUAAUGAAUUAAAUGUAGUACAAAUAAUGCCUUAUUUUUAAAGGGCAACGAUCGGCAGGGCUUCCUGAAAAAUAACAUAAAUGCUUGAUCGAGGCUUCCUUGAGGAGCAGUUUGUGCGGUUAUAGCUUUUCAACGAGAGCAAUUCUGCUUCGACAUGAACCACGGUGAACAACUGAUCGCCUUCACUCGUGCCCAGGAAAAGUCGGAUCUCUGGAGAGAUGGACACAUUCAGAAAAAAAACAGAGGUUCUUGUACCACCUGCCAGGAGGAAGGGAAUACAGCAGGUGAAGCAGCCCGUAACUUUUAUGAGAGCCUGACACUUACAGGUAGUUCUAAAAGAGUGUUACAGAGGAAACCAAGGGUAGCUUAUGCACUCCGUAGGCCAGCACAAGUAUCUCCUCGGACCCCAAGCUGCCCAGGACAGACUGACACCCACAAAGGCAAUCAGCUCUUGAAAGCUGCUCAGGAUGGCAACUUGAAGUCUCUCCAAAUGCUUGUGGAGAAGGAAGGGUGUGAUGUGAACUAUAGAGAUAGUUUUUACUGGACAGCCAUCAUGUGUGCAGCCUAUGCUGGACAAGGGGAGGCGGUACGUUAUCUUUUGAGAUGUGAGGCUGCUUGGGUGGGGGUUUGUGAAUCACAAGGUCGGGAUGCUAUGGAUCUGGCUGAAGAGGCAGGGCAUGAAGAGGUGGUCAGCAUCCUUCGGGAGAGUGAAAGGCCUCGAGUGAAGCAUGAAUUGUCCAGUCUAGAGUCACCGGCUGAGAGAAAAUACUGUGAUGUGUGCCAGGCGCACUAUAGUGAAGACACUGUGGCUCUCCAUGAGCGUUCCACCGCCCACCUUUUCAAUCGGCGCGAUCCGUUACCUUCCACCCGGUACUGCAUCCCUGAGAAUAACGUGGGCUUCCAACUGAUGGUCAAAGGGGGCUGGGACAAAGAAGCUGGACUGGGGCCGAAAGGCACUGGUCGCAAGUUCCCUAUUCAGACUGUCCUCAAGAGGGAUCAGAAGGGCCUGGGCUUCCGCAGUAACCUUAAACCCAAGGUUACCCACUUCAAAGCCAACGACUGUCGUGCUGUGGAGCAACCUGUGGAGCAACAGCCCAGAAGAGAACGAGCAGCAACAGUGGGAAAACGAGAGGCCCGCCGGAGAGAGGCCAAGGCUGCAGCAUGGGAACGCAACCUCCGUACUUACAUGAACCUUGACCUUUAAACCGUUUUGGACAGUUGAUGAUCGCAAUGGUGGCAUAUCCAGCUAUGAGUUGUACAACGUAAUAAAGCACAGUUCAUUUAAUCAUGGUUUAUUGAAUAUAUUAAAAUUGGCUCUGUGUAA